CGGGGACUUCGGGCCCAGAUUGUCGUUUUCCGCUGUAUCUUGGUCCUGUGUGUGGAUUAGGGAACAACAAGUGUCCCCUCCCUCUGCCGCCUCGCCUGGCCCUUCCCAGCCCUCAACCUGGCGGCUGGCUGGGGAAGCGGCUUUUUCUAGGGCAUAUGUAAAGAAGACUAAUACUGCAUCCCGCGGGCAGGGGGCCUGAACCAAAAGGUUGGGGGAUCAGAGUCACGAUCCCCCCCCCCCACCACACACACACAGCAGGCGCGAAAAGGGAUCAUCCGAGCCUCACGGGAGAUCCGAGGCCAAGGCUGUUCAAGGUUUAUUUGGUUUUCUUUACGGUCAAGGGAGGGGACCAGCAGGGAAGGCGCCGGCCCCGGCAGUUCCACUCGGUUGUCAAAAGACAAACCGGGUCUGUGUUCUCCUGGUUGGAUGGUGAGUCUUGCCGGUUGCUUGGCCGGUGAGUCCGUAGUGAAAGAAUUGAGCCGAAUUUUCUGGAAACUGUUGGUGCUUGCAAAUAGUGUGGGUACCCUCCCCCAUUCUCGAUCGUUUCAAGCGAAAUCGACACAAAUACGCUUUGGGGAAAAAUUGGGAGUGGGAGUGGGGAACAAUCAUUAAGGAGCCAAACCAUUGUGAUUUCCAUUCUUGCUGGACCCCUCACACCCGCUUAACCCGACCGCUUUCUCAGAAGGGGGUGGCGAGGGCGAGGGUACGCGCUCUGCCGCCGCGUUUGAAUAUUGGCCCCUGUCUCACGGGUUACUGAUUAGCUCGGGCUUUCAAGCUGCAGGAGGAGGCUUUGGCCGCUCUUUUCAAGGUGCUGUGGCCCGGGUUCCUGGGCGAGGGCUCCAGGAAAUUGCCUGCGGUGCCAGGCAGGCUGAGGUGUUACUAAGGUCUGGUUUGGAGCUGGGAGCGGCGGAGGUCUAGGGGCCGGCCGGUGCCGGGGGGCAAGAGCGGCGGCUGCGCCCCCCGCGCCUCUGGCGCCUCGUGAGUCUGGGCCAGAGGAGCAGCCCUUUCAGCUUUUCCGCAGGGAGAGUGACUUUAUGGAGGCUCCAAGGCCCGGCCCAGUGCGGGAGGCCCUGAGGGAGCGCGCCCGGAAAGUCUUGGGAUCCUCGGAGCCUUUUUCUUGUGGGCAGUCUGAAGGACAGGUAGGGAGGAGAAGGCGGCUGGUAUAGGGUGUUGAAACACUUCAGGGCUCUUAGGGUGCCCGCGGACCUGGGGGGAGGGAACAGGAAGGGCUAAGCACGCUGGCAACCCCUACCCCCGAGAUUAGAGACAUUGCCACUCAUUUGCAUAAUGAAAAUGAGGUCUUUGUACCGGCCAAUUUUAAGGCAAUGUCCCAUGUAAACAGCUCCCAAAGGAUGGGGGCGGCCACCCUGCUCCCUCUGGGAACAUUUAUGUUCCCCAAACCCAGAGAAUCACAGAGUCUAGGCAAAGAAUUGGGUCGAGAUAUUUUAAUUUGCCCCAUCCCAGCCAGAGCUGGGAGUGGGGUAGAGGAAGGUGCCCACAACCCAAAGAGCUGGGCAUUGGGGGAGAUUUCCUUUGCAAGGAAAUGGGAAGCCUGGACAAUGUCUCAGUCCCUGCUCCCCUCCACACCACACAGGCGAAUACACCUCCCUCAGGUUACCCGUACAGAAUUUCACUCGCGAGCUGAAAACAGCUUAGGCAUUUCCCUGGAAGCUGGAAUGUGUGUGCCUCCAUAGGACUGCAGAUUUGAGCAAAGAAAAUUACAAUUAUAAAUCCUGCCAGUGGGGUUUCUGUGCAAUCCUUCCGUUGUGUACUCAAGACUUGGUACACAUUUACAUCCACCUCUCCAUGCACAUGCUACUUUGAGGCAGGAAGAGACACCCCAGACCAGCAGGCGGCUGUGCCCGCUGUGUAUUUACAUAUUCCUUCUUGGAGACAGACUGAUGGCGGUGGACCGAACCACAGACAGAUUCGUAGAGCUCUGGCUCCAGAAACCAGGCGGUCUCUGGCCGGGCCCUGCCUGCCUGCUCUUUCUCCCAAACAAACGGAUCAGACGAAUAAACGCUCAUAAAUACCUCUGGGCUUAGAUAAGAGCGAUGAGGCGCUAUUUCCUUUCAUGCUGGACUCCAGGCACCCAGCGCCUGCCCUUAUGGCUCCAUCUCACUACAGGCAACCUGCAGAGGUGAGGUUAAUUUGGGUCUGUGACUCUAGGGAUAAGAGACUAUUUUCAUGUUUCUAUCACAGGGGAAGGCUCCCUUCCUCAGAGCAUCUCACUUUGUCCAGACUCCACAGGAAAGCCCACACUGUCCAGUCCUAGGAUAGGCAAGGGAGGAAGAAAGGAGGGACCGCUGAGGCCCAAGGCCCAGCCUCAGUGGUGUGGAGGAGGGAGGUGCACACAGGCGCUCUCCCUACCUCCUGCCAUUACCCAAAUGUUUCCUGUUCUUCUCUAGGAAUGGGCCUGAUCACAACUAGAUUGGAGCAAUUAUGACUCUCCAUCAUUAGGAGGCUUGAGUUUGUUUUCUUAAAUCUUGACAAAGCCUCAUACAUAGUCUCAGGCUAGGAAGUGGUUGAUAGGACAUCCAGGGAUCACCACUUGGUCAUGAAGGUGCAACCUAGAGGUUGUCUUGAGUUCAGGGAGCUUCUCUGGGCACUUCGCAACCAACCAAGUUCCCACCCUUGGUCAUCAGCCCCCGAGCUCUACCACUUUCCCUAGCGUCUGUGCCAUCUUCAGUGUGCAGAGCAGGCCCAUAAAAAGAAGCCCAAGAACAAGGCAGAGUGUCAACCUGGAUCCUUCAACAUGAGAUUGUGUCCCACACCCUGGCCCCAGGUUUGAAGUUUGUCAUCCUUUAUUGCCUGACCUCCGCAUGUGUAUUAGAAUGUUGCAAAUUCAUUGUUUCUCAGUCUUCUGGCCUGGCCCCAGUGCUCAUUUUCCUAUUUUCCUUAGAUGAAAGAGAGAGAGCCAGAGACAUACACUCUUUCACACCCAAGCUUGUAUGACAGCAGAGCUGCCAAUACAAACAUGAGACCUGGGAGGGACUGUAGAGAUGCUGAGAGACAGACACAAGGGUGGUGAGCAUCUGGAGAUGGGAUGCGGGCUGGUUGUUUUAUGCUGCCUGCUGAGCCCCCAAGAGGACCUAAACGCCUCUCCCUCCUUGUAAAAUUAACCAAAACCAAAUCUUGGGAAAUAAUUAAUUUUCAAAAGAACCAGCAGCUUCUGGAAAGAACUGGAAAAGAUGUGAGGGCCCCUCUCUUGGUGGUCUCUAAUUGCACCAAAUAUCAGGAUGGUUUGAGGACCUGGAAUUGAAGGAGGAAUAUUUUUCCCUGUAUCGACUUACUGAGACAUCUUUGAUUCCUAAGAAUUUGUAUCAUAGGAUAUCCUAAUGUCUUGCAAGGUAGGAGUGAGAGUUGCAGGUAGGAUAGGGAUCAGAUAAACCUCGGCUGCAGGGGGCUGGGGCGGGGGGUGGCCCUCACUCCUCUCCCUAUGCCCAAGUGAAGAGAGGACUAGUAUCUUUCCCCAGUGCCCCUUCCCAUGCCAAGAGCAAGCAAGGCAUACUAGAACCAGGCAGGAGGUCCUGGGCAAUGACAGCAGUAGCCUUCUAUGAAGCUCCUAGCCUAGCCACAGAGCCAGAGGGAGAAGCUUGGACUAAGACCCUCCACCCAUUUUUCUGGCCUUCUGGGUCUUCUGGGCAGCAGGCUCUGGCCUGCCCCUCAGACCUUAAGAUUGUGGAAAAGCAGGAAUAAUAAACAGGCUUUUAAGAGACAGAGUAGAUCUGAGAGACAGGAAAACAGUUUUCCAAACCUGGAAAGGAGAGUGUUUCUUCUUCUUUGCUUCUUUCUGAAGAUGAUGCGAAUUAGCAGAGGACUCUUCAGCCCUUCUACCAACACAGAUCCCUGGAAACAAAUCUCCUUUAGUUGUCUCGUAAGGAGACUGAGAUUCAGGAUUUGGGACAUUUACCCACCCUUCCCGGGAGGGAAUGGGACCCGAGCAACGCAGGGGUUAACUUUUCUGAAAAUACAAUUAACUUUUUCCUAUCCUGCGUGGAGGGGGUAGGGAUAUAUUUAUUUAAUCAUUGGAGGAUGGGGUGGUCUCAACCCAAACGCUUCCUCCUCCCCCAAAGGCACAGACGCCUCUUUCGCAGAUACUACGUAGGUGGAACAGGACCGCGUUGCGUUGUUGGGGAGAGAGAGAAAGGAGAAGGAGAAGAAGGAGGGAAAAAAAGGUUGAUAGGUUUGUGCGCGGGUCCCUCGCGCGGGCUGCGCUCCUCCUGGGUGCUAUUUGACAAUUCCUGCCUCUGCCAUUGGUCAGUGUUGGAUCAGAUGGUUGUAUUUCCUUCUGGCCCUCACUGGCACCUCGCCAUCCCCCCUCAGCUAAAACCCAAUCUCAGAUAUACUACUAAUAGGCGCGGCGCUCGGACUAUAAAACACAACAAAUCAUAAACCCGGCGGAGCAGCAGCGGCCCUGCGCGCCUCCCCUCCCAAUGAGUUCCUAUUUCGUGAACUCCACCUUCCCCGUCACUCUGGCCAGCGGGCAGGAGUCCUUCCUGGGCCAGCUACCGCUCUACUCGUCCGGCUAUGCGGACCCGCUGAGGCACUACCCCGCGCCGUACGGGCCGGGACCCGGCCAGGACAAGAGCUUUGCCGCGUCGUCCUAUUACCCGCCGGCCGGCGGUGGCUACGGCCGAGCGGCGCCCUGCGACUACGGGCCGGCACCGGCCUUCUACCGCGAGAAGGAGUCGGCCUGCGCGCUCUCGGGUGCCGACGAGCCGCCCCGGUUCCACCCCGAGCCGCGGAAGUCCGACUGUGCGCAGGACAAGAGCGUGUUCGGCGAGACCGAGGAGCAGAAGUGCUCCACCCCGGUCUACCCGUGGAUGCAGCGGAUGAACUCGUGCAACAGUUCCUCCUUUGGUCCCAGCGGCCGGCGCGGCCGCCAGACCUACACUCGCUACCAGACCCUGGAGCUGGAGAAGGAGUUUCACUACAAUCGCUACCUGACGCGGCGGCGGCGCAUCGAGAUCGCGCACGCCCUGUGCCUGACCGAGCGGCAGAUCAAGAUCUGGUUCCAGAACCGGCGCAUGAAGUGGAAAAAAGAGAGCAAACUGCUCAGCGCGUCUCAGCUCAGUGCCGAGGAGGAGGAAGAAAAACCAGCCGAGUGAAGGCGCUGGAAAGGGAGGCGGGACGCGAAGGGAGAGGCCUGUGGGGGAGCCGAGGGCAUCGGGGAGCCCCAAGAUGGCUCUGCGGGCGGGGGCCCGGGGAACCUGCACUCCAGCGCAAGACAGGCGGGGCCCAGCGGUCUCCUGGACGCCCCCGCCCGCAGAGCUCGCUGGGUGCUGGGAGGCCGAGACGCCUGAGCCCAUUCAGCACCCCGAGCGCCCCUCCAUCUCCGCGGAACCCGCCUCUGCUCGAUCAGGCUCCCCUGUGAGAACGGAGGAGCAGACUCACUUGAUGUUUCCUGGAAGCAGAGCAAAAUGCUCUUGUCCGUGUCGCGUCUCAUUUCGUCCAUAUCCCCGUGCACGGUUCAAUGGUAGAUUCGCAGUCCCCUCAGCCGGGGCCUCGAAGACUCCCUGGCCCCAGACCUCUCUCCCACCCCCUCCCCAAAGCCACUGGAAGGAGCACAUACUACCUAGAAGUAAGAAGAGGAGCCUCAGAAGAAAACAAAGUUCUAUUUUAUUAAUUUUCUAUGUGUUGUGUUUGUAGUCUUGUCUUAGCUCUGGACGUGAAAUACUUCGGUAAUAUUAAUAUUAUUAAUAAUGAUUAUGAUAAUAAUAAAGACGUAAAAACUC